AUGGACGAAGAAUCAGCUACGGAUUUUGAACUGCUUCUUUCUCCUUCUAUCUUGGAUUCUCGUCAUAGCUCAGUUGGGAUGGAUAUUGAGCAGAAGACAGUUUUUGCCUUUGUCAUCUUCUUACUGGUCUUCUUGGUCAUUCUUAUGGUACGCUGCUUUCGAAUACUACUGGACCCCUAUAGCAGAAUGCCAGCCUCUUCCUGGAAUGACCAUAAAGAAGGUCUCGAGAGAAGCCAGUUUGGUUAUGCCUUAGUGUAG